UACACUGCUCCUCUGUCUACCGGCUCGGUGCAAAACGAACCGGAAAGCUGCAUUAUUGUGUCCGGCUGUGAGGCGUGUUGUCAGGAUUAAGAGCGCAUCUCCGCCUCUGUCACCCUGCGUGCGGUAACGGGCAGUGCCGUUAUACGCCCCCUGGCGAAAUGUCUUCCUCGGACGAGGAGAGCCUGAGCGAACGCUCAUGUGUGAGCGAGCGUUCGUUCUUCAGCGAGAGGUCGGGGGGCUCUCAGUCGCCCUUAGCGCACAGCACAGCUGGGCCUAAAGGGGACACUCUACCGUGGAACCUAUCCAAACAUGAGAGACGCAAACGCGAGAGCCAGGAUUCGGUGCUGGACCCUGCAGAGAGGGCAGUUGUGAGAGUGGCAGGUAGCUCCAAGGGUGACUCAGUCUGGCCCCCUCAAUUCCCUUGUUGCCAUGGGUUACCUAAUUUGCUUUUCCAGACCCACUAGUUUCCAUGGCUAUGAAGCAACAUGGAAGGGGAAUCAAAACAGGCAAAAGCCCGAAAAACAAAUAGUGAAGUACAAUUUGUGAGAUCUGUUGAAUUUCAAUUUGAGCUUGAAAGAAUUCACGUGGAUCUUGGUUGCAAGAAAAGAUCGAAAGACAUGGUGAAGAUAGAAAAGAAGAAAUCUCAAAAAAAGAUGAGGACUACAAUGAAUGGAAGAAUGGAAGGGGCUGGGAAAGGACAAAGUUCAAAGAGGAGGAGGUUAAAGGGAAGAAUAAUGAUGGCAUAUCAAAGAGAGAAGGUUAGAUAGA